AUGACUGAAGCAACUGCGAAGGCCAAAGAAUCAGGCCAUGAUAACAGGAAUCCUAAGUCCUGGCCGGACUACAGCGCACCUAAAAUAGGCUUCAUUUCAUUCCUCCCGUCAUCUUGGGUACCCUUUGCGGAGCUGGCUCGAAUCGACAAGACUGCGGGUAUCUACCUGUUCUACUUCCCACACCUCUUUGGUACUCUCUUCGCUGCCUGCCUCACGCAUCUUGGACCACAAAAAGGGGCAGACUUCCAUGGACUGCUAGAAGUCAAUGCCGUCCUCUUCCUAGGAACAGCAUGUUUCCGAGCUUCGGCAUGCUCCUGGAAUGACACUAUGGACAUGGAGUUCGACCGGCACGUCGAAAGGUGUAGAAACCGUCCUUUGGCGAGGGGGGCCCUGAAACCUUGGCAGGCACAUAUCUUGACUGUCGUCACUGCUCUGCUGGCUGCGGCGUGCCUGGUCGUCCUGCCACUUGCGUGCUGGGUGGUUUCAAUUCCGAGUAUAUUUCUACUCUGGCUUUAUCCGUUUGCCAAGAGGUUUACCGAUUUCCCUCAAGCGAUCCUGGGUGUCCAAGUCGCCAUCGGUUUUCUCAUGGGUAUAGCGGCACAAAACAGCUCGAUUCUUGUCGAAGUUCUGCAUGGAGAUACAGAGAAGGCAUGGGCACUGUCUAUAUCGAUUGGGGCAUUCUACAUCGCCCAGGCUUGUUGGACCGUCAUCUAUGACACGGUGUACGCCCAACAGGACGUUGAGGAUGAUGCAAAAGCGGGCGUUCGCAGCAUAGCUAUACGGUUCCGCGGGCGAGCGAAGACUUUGCUGUGGAGUCUCUCGAUGGUCAAAGUAGUCCUGUUGGUAGUUUCCGGCUUCGCAGCAGGGUUUGGCGUUGAGUACAUGGCAGUCGCAUGCGGUGGUGUUUUGGCGUCGUUGGUGUAUAUGCUUGUCACUAUUAACUUGCAUAGCUCCGCGGAUUGUGCAUGGUGGUUCAAAAACGGCUGUUGGUUUGUUGCUGCCUCCGUCGUCGGUGGUUUGUGCCUGGAAUUGGAAUGUGGUACACAGUGA